AUGUUCUCUUCCACUCGCCUUCACGCUUUCGUCUGCAUUGCUCUCGGCGUCGCCGCCAGUGCCGCUCCUGCUGGCGGACUCGGAGCCAACGUCGAGUCGCGCUCCCCGGACACUUACGAUCUCAGUGGAAACGGCGGUCUCGUCGGCGGCUAUUACGACCCGUACACCGGCUACUAUUACCCAGACGGAUACCCGUACGGCGGCAACCGCGGCGACAGCGACGAGGAUGUCUACAUUCUUAAGCGCCAGGUCCCCGGUGAUCUCGACAUUGGCUCGAAGCUCGAGACCAACAUGGGCGUUCAGCAUGCAGUUCCGCUCGGCGAGGCUGCUCUCGGUCUUACCAGCGCCGUUGACGCUGGUGCAGAUGUCGAGAAGCGUUCGCCUGAUGUCUACGAUCUCAGUGGCGACGGCGGCGUCCCGCUCUUCUUCGGCGGCCACCCCUACGGCGGCUACCCGUAUGGCGGUCAGGGAGACGGCGAUUCCGACGUCUACAUCCUCAAGCGUGAGGUGGACAGUCUCGGCCUUGACUCUCAGCUUGGUGCAAACAUGAAUCUCGGGCAAAUUUCUGACCUGUUCGCAAGCGCGCUUGAUCCCAGCGUUCUCAACAGCGACCUGGGCCUGAGCACUGAGGACUCUGCUGAGAAGCGCCAGUUCGGUCUUGGCUCAUCUGCCGGUCUUGGUCUCGGUUCUUCCGCGGGCCUUAGUGGCCUCAGCGGCCUCAGUGACCUCAGCGGCGGCUCGUUCUUUGACAGCAACACUGGCACGACGACCUCUACUUCCACUUCCGGUUCCACCUCCACCUCCACCUCCACCUCCACUGACACGACCACCGACGGCUCUGGUCUUACUGGCCUCGGCUCUGGCACGUCCGGUCUUGAUGUGAACAGCCUCCUCUCCUCGUUCGGCGGCUCUGCCGGCGCCAACGGUGGCCUCACGUCGGGGUUGGGCCUCGGCAUCUGA